AUGUCAUAACCACUCAAGCCACCAUGAAAAAUCAUUGACGAGUAUGCUCUGCUGAAUUCACGGUGGAUAACUUGUCAGGAAGCUGUAGCGUUUGAAGAAGCUGCACGGUUCUGGGCUUGUGGCUGCUCCAACAGCAUAUCAACAGAGUGGCACUGGAAUAGUGAAGGCAACGCCUGGCGGGAAAAGCGGGCCACCAAACAUAAUGGCGGAUAUUUCCUUACCUUUGCAAGAAAGGGACAACCUUUACGACAAAGAGAAAAUCAACUCUGUGCGCACGAAACUGAGCGCUGCCACGGAGUCACUUAUUCAAGACAUAAGGUGUCCGCCUAUUACCCUCGAGUGGAAAAACAUAUCUUUCUUCGUGAAAAACAAAACAGGGAAGCGAGAGCUGCUGAGUCGGCUGUACGGAAAGGCCUCCCCCGGCACCCUCACCGCCGUAAUGGGACCUUCGGGAGCUGGAAAGACCACGCUUCUCAACAUCCUGGCUGGUCACGUCCACAAGGAUUACGAAGGUGAAGUACACGUGAAUGGCUACCUCCGAAGCGUGGAACUGUUCAAUAUGCAGAGCUGCUACGUCAUGCAAGACGACUGUUUGCUGCAAGAGCUGACUGUACGCGAAGCUAUCGCCUUGAGCUUGGAGCUGAGGACCUCGACAAUUCGAGGCGAGAACAUUGCCCUCCUCGUGACCGAAGUAAUGGAGCAAUGGGGCCUCGAUGAAUGCGCAGACACGUUGACUAGAUCUCUUUCUGGCGGAGAGAGGAAGCGCCUGGCCAUUUCACAAGAGCUUAUCGGUAAUUCACCGGUGAUAUUGCUCGAUGAGCCGACCAGUGGCCUUGACAGCAGCUCGGCGCUGCGCUGUGUUAAGGUGCUGAAAUCACUCGCUGCUUCCGGACGCACCGUGCUGUGCUCGAUACACAACCCGAGUGCCCGCCUGUUCUCUCAAUUUGACAACCUCUACAUGCUCUCCGAAGGAAAAUGCAUAUACAAUGGUUCAGUGGCGCAGCUGCCACCAUUCUUGGAAUCUUUGGAAUCUCACAAGUUUCAUUGCCCUGUGCACAGCAGUCCAUCUGACUUGAUUACAGAGAUAGCUUUUGGCGAACACGGAGAGAUGACGACCAAGUUAUCAAGUCUCUUCAUUCCUGAUGACAUCCCCGUGAACAGCGAGAAUACGUCUGAAUCAUCGUCCCUCACCAGCUAUGGUGGACGAAUAAUGAGUGAUAAGGAAAAAGAGGAAAUGAAGCGGCAGUAUGAAGUACGAUUGGGCUACUGGAAGCAGUUCAAAAUACUCAUGAAAAGGUGCUUCUUGUGUGUCACACGAAACAAGGCCACUUGCAUCGGGCGCAUGCUGGCUUGCAUGUUCUUUGCCCUAAUGCUCUCCGUUAUAUACUACGAUUCCGGCAACAAGGUGUCGCAAAUAAGGGAGACCAUCAUGAUGUACAUCGUGGCGAUGCUGAUGCUGCUCUUUGCAUACGCCGGUGCAAAUGUUUUGACAUAUCCUCUGGAGAUCAAUGUUCUGCUAAGAGAGCAGAGAAAUUGCUGGUAUAGCCCAGGCCUCUAUUUUGUGUCACGAGCACUUUCCGAACUGCCAAUGACGAUCCUUGGCCCCGCCUUCAUGAUGCCCAUCGUGCACUGGAUGACAUCUCAACCAAUGGAGUUCAACCGCCUAGCUCUCGUCAUCCUUUUCUCCUAUUCAGUACGCCUCCACGAGUGAAAGCAUUGGAUACGUCACAUCCACUCCUUUUAGUCCUGAGGUCGCCGUGAUGCUUUGCCUUCCUGCGGCGACGCCUUCGUUCUUGUUCUGUGGCUUCUUCGUGCGCCCACGACAUCUGUUCCCGGCCAUCAGGUGGCUCACGUACACUUCGCACUUGUACUACGUGCACCGUGGCAUCAUGUACGCCCUGUACGGUGACAGACGCGGCGAACUGACGUGCGGUGAAGACGUGGACGCUGAUGUCCUGUGUGUCCCCGUCGGGGGAGACACCGUUCUCGACAUAAUCGAUGCGGCGGAUGUGGACCUACUGGCUUGCGCGGCGGCUGUGCUGGGUAUAGACAUCUUGCUGAAGGUCGUUGCUUUCGCUCUACUAAAGUGGCGAUUACGGCGCAAGCAGUGAACCCAGCUUCGCAUAGAACCGGUUAAAGAAACAUUUAUUCAAUAAGUAUACCCAAAAACU